CAAUUGAUCCAUUGAACGGAAUGAGUACAUCGGCGUUAUAUCUAGCACUAGUCUAGCACGGUCAACGACAAUCUCAACAAUAUUGAUUUCCUUAAUUUGUACUCUAGGGUUGAGUACACUGUAGCUAGCCCCCGGUGUAGCUUGUGACGGCGUUUUCAGUCAUUGUUGAUAGCCUGCUGCAUGUCGUACAAUGGAUAAUUCGACUUUACCGUUUGCAUGCCAACAUGAGCCGAUUGAACUGGAAGAAAUCAUACGUAUAAUUAUCAUAAUAGUUUGCAGUGUCGUCGGUAUUGCUCUAAAUGGGAUCCUCAUCAUCGUUGUCCUUUCUACUGACGGUCGUGGAGAUGUUUCCGGACAAUUUCAGACUGUGAUGAUAUUAAGUAUAUCUAUUAGUGAUCUUGCCUACCUGAUUUUGACUCCAGUUCACGAUAUUAGCAUGAUUUUCUAUGACAGUGUUUUCGGAUCACCUGUAGUGUGCCCUAUGUUCGGUUUCGUACUAGUAUUCACCCAGGGAGUAUCAUCACUAAGUUUGUGUCUCUUGAGCUUUGACAGAUACAGAGCGAUUAUGAAGCCCAUGCAGCACCGUCAAUGGCAGAAAAAACGACGGUAUGCUGCGGCUACCGCCUUCAUAUGGACACUGAGCAUAUCGAUGGCUAUACCACAGCUGUUCAUAUCAGGUUAUGAGGUGGAAGAGUGUGACGAAGGCCCUGAUAUGCCCUACUGUGUGCACAAUAAUCAUUUCGGUAAUUUAGAAAAAAUCUACACUACAAUACAAGUCGUGGUGUUUUACCUGGUGCCAGUGAUUUUCAUAACUGGAUGUUACGGUACUAUAGCGCAUAAACUGUUACAAACACCUCAAUUCGAGAAGAAUGUGUCUCAGCGAAAGGCAACGAAGCAAAGGAACAAACUAUCCAUGGCGCUUGUCAUCAUCUCUAUAUCUUUUGGAAUCUGCUGGUUUCCAAUUAUGUUAAAUAAGAUUUGUAUGCAAUACAUCGACAUAUUCUCAAGGUUUGAUAUCAUGAAGUGGAUAUAUUUUGUGAAGGCUUGCCCUAUUUUGGUGUACGUCAAUUGUGCUGUGGACCCAUUCAUUAUGUUUACACUCAGUCGCAAGUACUGCGUUGCUUUGACGAAACCAUUCCGAAAUUGGAAACUUCUUCCCAAAAGACUCACACUCCACAGAAGACCCACGUACACCACAGAAACAAUUGUGCUAGAAAGCAGCUCCCAACAGAUAGGCUUAAACAACACUGAGAGAAUUUCGAAAAUAUAAUAAUAAACAUAAAUUAUUUGAUGACUGCAACCGACAAAACAAUUAAACAGUACAUCAAUCGAAGUUAUGGUUGUUGAAUUGGGAAAGAAGAAAACAAAAAUAUAAAUAAUAAGUACAGGUAUAUAUAAUGUAUUGAUAUAUAAUUGUGUAUAGAAAUUACAUGCGAUCAUAUACGAUAUGGUAUGGUGUGUUUAUAAUAAAUUUAUGAGCAUAAAAUCUACGCUAGACAUAUGUACUAAGAACCAUAUUUAAUGGAAAAUGGAAACAAUGAAAAAAAAAAGCUACAUCCACGAAAGACAAACAAUAAAAAUCUUAGCAAUUACAAAGUAUACGCUCUAAAAACGAACCCAAAUUUCACUUUGAUGAAUAUUUGAGAGCAAGAACGACGUUUGGAGAAUACUAUUAGUCGUAUGAAGAACGAUUUCAAUUACAAAAGGUAUACGUCAUAACUACCUAGUUGAUUAAUAUACGUACCAAUCUGUAUUGAGCUAAAAUAGGCCACUAUCUUUCAUUUAAAAAUUGAAAUGACUUCGACAAUGACAAAUGGA